AAACGCGUCAGUAGAGCUUCGAGCACGUCGCUGACGGGUUGCCCGAAUGGCCUCCAGCGCCGGGAUUUAGUUUCCCCGUUUGGAAUCUAAACGCAGCCGGACUCUGGGCGCGAUGGUCACGGGAAUUUGCGAGAUGGCCGCCGUGUGCGUGGGCCUGCUGGGGCUGAUCGGAGCGGCCGCCGUCACCGGGAUGCCGAUGUGGAAGGUGACGGCGUUUAUCGGCGAGAACAUCGUGGUGAUGGAAACCCGCUGGGAGGGUUUGUGGAUGAACUGCUACAGACAAGCCAACAUCAGGAUGCAGUGCAAGGUGUACGACUCCCUCCUGUUUCUGCCCGCCGAGCUCCAAGCCGCCAGGGGCCUCAUGUGCUGCUCCCUGGCCUUGUCCGGUCUGGGGCUCCUGGUGGCCACGCCGGGCCUGCGCUGCACUUCCUGCUUCCGCGGCAACGACAGAGUCAAGGCCGCGACCUUGGCGGUCGCGGGCGGCAUGCAGCUCCUGGCUUCCGUCUGCGUCUUCGUCCCCGUGUCGUGGACGGGCCACGUGAUCAUCCGGGACUUCUACAACCCCUUGCUGAUCGACGCCCAGAGGAGGGAGCUGGGAGACGCGCUGUACAUCGGCUGGGUGACGGGCGCGCUUCUCUUUAGCUCCGGCUUGUUGUUCGUCUGUGGUCUCCGGACGUCGGACAAAAGGUCCCUGGGCAUCUACCACCCCGCCGCGCUGAGAAAUCCCGUUCUGAUGAGCUACCAGCAGCCCGUCCGGAGUGUUUCCAGCCUCGCAUCCGACGGCUACCGGCAAAGCUCUGCCGGACAACAUCUCCUCAAACCGCAGAUAGCAACAAGCGACGCCGUGAUCCUCGGCGCGCCUGAAAGCACGUCCCUCUUGUAUCAAGGCAGCAGGGCCCCACGUUCGUCUCUGAGAAACUCAAACCCGGCGGGGAGCAUAUACACACCGCUCAACUCCUUGUACAUGAGCCAGAACAGCACGCCGUACACGCUGACGUACAAUCCCGCCGUGUCCUACCAAUCCAGCUUCCACCCCGCGCCUCAAACGCCCGUUUUCAUUCAAUAUAAAACGUCCAUCAUGGAACCGCCGUCUCACAGCGGGAGCAGCCCGGGCAUGUACAUCUGAAGAAAACCUUGUCACUCGUUCACGUAAAAACACAAAGUUUCGCUCUUUUAUACCGAAUCCUCAUCGGGGUUUUGUACUAGAGUGGACCGAGCCCUGCCGUAAAUUGUGAAAAUCCUCGCGUAAACCCCAAAAGGUUUGUAAUUCCCUCUACAUGCCACAAAAUGCCGCCAAAGCACUAUUUUUACAUUAGACCCGGCUUUGGCCUGAGCACAAAAUAGCGAAUGUGAGUUCUUCAGGAUAUAAUAGAGGAUAGCUUACCCUAAAAAAAAAAAAAAACCAAAAAGGCGAAUUUGCAAAUGCCGAACCACGAUUUUGUUCGUGGCGUGGCGAGUGGAGCCUCGACAGUCGAACACAGGAGGCCGUUUUGUUCAGAUUUAGAACAACGAAGCCAUGCUUUGAGUAACAUUUUAACAUUAGUAAGUGCCUUACAAGCAAGCAACUGCAAAAUCUAAGAAAACUAAAACAAAGUAAAACUGCUCUCCCAAGGAAGACAAACUGAAACUGAUAAAUACGUAAUGAAGAGGCAACGGGAAGUUGUGUGCAUCCUCGUGGUGUUUUCAGCUAUUGCCGGAAUUCAUUUGCGUCGUGACAACAUUUGGACACUUAUACAAGUUUUGCGUGUGAAGGUGAAGUGAAAUUCUUAACAAAGGUGGAAUACUAAUGUUACUGUAAUUCAGUUCUUGUGCGACUUGACAUGAAUGAAUUGGAUGCUUGUUCCUGUGACAAAAAAAACAAAACAAACACAAAAAAAAACGGAUCAUCGGGUUUGAUCAAAUAGUCAGAAAUGUGAUCGGUUUAACACUUGCAUUGUAUGCAUUUUGUGUCAUAAUGUGUCAUUUCAAAUGGUCUGUGGAGGAGGUUUGUGCUUGUUUACUUGCUUUUUAGUGAAGAGGACAAACCAGUCGGUGUGGCAUCAGGUUUCUGAAGACAAAGCAAAGAAAGUCUCUCCCCUUUUAGCCACAAUGGUAAAAAAAAAAAAAAAAAAACAACCAUCUAUAUAACUGUAUGAAAUUGUAUGCAUUUAUAGAGUUGUAAAUUUGAAAAAUAUAUCAGCUAUUAAAAAGCCACUGAAAUGGUUUGAAA